AUGUCCCAAACGCAACAAAUUCACAGACGCAAGUCGAGCAAAGACGAGGAUGAUAUUCCACUUCCAACGCCCCCGCCGACUGUUGAAAUUUCGGUGCCAGAAGAGCACGAAUUGCCAUCGGUAACCAUAUCAGCGCCCCCACCGCGCACGCGGACACAAUCCACACCGCACCAAUUCAGUCACAAUCGAAACUCCUCCAUAUCCUCGUCGACGACGGGGAGCACCAACCCGCCCUCAGCAGGUCCAUUCCGAACGAGUUUUGCACCGCGCCCGUUGAAUGGUCAUUCAUUGCCCUCACCGUACAGGUCCUCGUUCUCGGCUCCUAUGCCACCUCAGCUGAAUGGCCAUUCACAUUCGCGCACGCGGUCCAUAUCCACCCCCUUUUCUCCGGUUUCACCGUCUCCUCUGUCGUCUUCUUUCCCUAUGAGCUCUUCGAGCCCCGGAGUGUCGAGUGCUGGAAGUACCAUACCGUCAAAUAUGUCCGUAUCGCACUCGGCUCCCGAAUCUGUGCAGCAACAGCAAGCAGAUGGCAGCCAGCCAGCACCGUCUACAACGUCAGCAGCAACAGCGGCGGCCAAGGAGAAGCGCAGGCAUUCGAGGAUGCACUCUCGUAAUCUGUCGGUGUUCUUUCCCCGGCCUGGAUCGAUACCCCAUAGCACGAUAUCCGAAGACGGCUCGCAGGAGGUCGAGUUUGGUGGACCACAGGAGCAGGAGGCAACGCUGAUACCGUCUGCAGGGUCGAGCGUGAGCAUACCUGGCUCGCGGCGGUCGAUGCACCAGCCAGUCACGCCGCUCGGACAGGGCUUCACGUUUGGUGCACGGCCGCCCUCGAGCCUCCCCACUCCUGAAUUCAUGACGGCUCCCCGCACCUCCUCCACGAGCACCUCGUCUGGCACAUCCAAGCGCGGACACCACCACAAGCACUCACUCUCGCACAACUUUUUUUCGUUCCUCGAGCCUGGCAGCACAGGUGCAAGUCGCGAGGAAGAUCUACAUACUAAUCCGACGCCAACUCCCAUCUCGCCGUGGGGCCCCAUAUCUUCUUCAUACCCCGACUCCGCGUCCGCGACGCAAAGCAAGUUCGGACUUGCCCAAACCCAGACACACUCACAGACAAACGGCCACGCGGUGCACUCUCGCCUGCCGCCGCAUUCAGAGCCCCCGGCGAUUUCGUCGGCGGCAGUGGUGGCAGCAUCGAGUCAGUUCGUGCUAGGGGCGUGGUUGUGGGUUGUCGGGCAGCAGGUUGGAUCGCUUGCAUGCACAGGGCUCGGAUAUUGGGUUGUUUUUGAUGCAUUUGGUGUUGCACUGGCGGGUGUCGUGCCGGGCUGGCUUGCCUCGGGGUCUGGGUCACUGAAGGAGAGGGAGAAGGUCCGGAGACCGUAUGGAAAUGGACGGGUGGAGACUGUGUUGAUGUUUGCUCAGGCGGUGUAUUUAGUCUUCUCGUCUGUUUAUGUAUGUAAAGAGACGGUCGAACAUCUGCUGCUGAGCGCAGGUGGCGGAGAGGGCCACCAUCACCACCAUGGAGAUGAGGAGGAGGGCUUGGGCAUUGAUUUCCCUAUCAUUAUGACCUUUAUUACAUUCAUUUCACUUCUAGGAACUGCAAUCUUUUUCGAGAACAACGUUAAAAUACUGAAUAUUACCGGAAACCGUAUACCAUCGAUUCCCUCACUAAUUCGCUCUGUGUGGUCGCCAUCGCGGCAUAACCACGACCCACCGCCGACAUCUCCCGUCGCCCAAAUUGCGUCGAAUCCGUUCAUUGCAAGCCCGCUCUUUUUCUGUGUUUCGAUUUUGGCCGUUGCGCUGUUUAUACCACCGGUACAGCACCGGAUGGCCGACCUGGUGUUGGCGUUCAUCAUUGCGGCUUUGACGUUCAAGGUCGCGUAUGGCGCGUCUACUGUGCUUGGCACGGUUCUCCUUCAGACGAGUCCCCCUCGUGGGCUCUCCAGCGGAAAAAUGGAGUCAUUCCUACGCGCCAUGCGUGAGGUCGAACGCCAUCCACAAGUCGUCCAUCUCCCAGCACCACACAUCUGGCAGCUCACCCCAAGCUACGCGCAGUCCGCCACCUCCCAUUCAUCGUCAUCCUCCCUGCAUUCACCAACAUCGACGACGUAUAAACACCACGCGCAGUCGCAGCCGGAGUCGCUGGUGGUGACGCUUGAGCUGCACGUGCGACAUGAUCUGGGCGACGACGACGUGCUGAAGCUGACGCGGUGGGCGUGGGAAAAGUGUGUGAGUGCGAUUGCGCCGGCAGGCAGCGCAAGGGAUUAUAAGGAGAUGGGCGAGGAGGGUGCGCCAGAGGUCACGGUGGGUGUUGUGAGGGGAUGA